UAACCAUUAGAACCACCAAUGUUCAAUUCUUCUAUUGUGUUCGUGGCAUUCUACAUUUGAUUUUGGCAAUCUGUGUCCAAGUGGUUCCAUGAGCAAAUUGCAUUUACUAUCUUGCCAUAGUCGAGCCCCAAAUUGUUCUUCAGUAUUAGUUUUCUGCGCAAGAACCUGCGGCUUAAUUACCAGCGGGCCAAUUACGUCCAAGAAAUUAAAUUAAAACCAGUUGGUCAAAGAAAUUAUUGAUCAAGUUCAUUCAACUCUUUAGCGCUAAUUACUGCCAAAUAAUGCCUGCCUAAACUGGUUGUGAAAAAUUGUCAUUUCAUUAAAAUUAUUUGAAUACAUAGACAGUUUUCCUGGUUAGCUAAAUUAAAUCUUAGUUCGAUUAUUCUUUUAAUUCUGUUCUUUUUUUAAUUUUUAAAUCCCAAAUUAAUUGAAUCUUGAUUAAGCGCAUGGUAAGCAUAUGGAUAGAUGCUUUCGUUAUUCGGCUUAUUACCUUUGCCAACCGCAAUUUCAGACAAUGGGGCAUGUUCCCAUAGGUGGGUUUUUACCCGCCGACUCUUACUAAACGAUGCAUCUUGGAAAUCAUCCGAGACAACAACCUCAGCCGUUUUUGAAUCAGCAGCAAGCUUCUCUACCCAACAACAACGCAUCGGGGAACUUUUCUUCUCCCCACCAACAACAACAACAACAACAGCAGGCGUUCAACAACCAACAGCAACUUCAGCAGCAGCGACAGUCUCAACCCAAUCAGAUGUCCAACAACAGUGCGGCAAAUGCGUACGCAACCAACGGAGUCUAUUCCUUGCAGCAGGGACCUCACCCACACCAGCAGUUUGCAAUGUAUUCCCAAGCGAAUGCCCACAGAGAUCAACAGCAGCACUUCAUGCAACAUCACCAGAAUCCGCAGUUCACGCCCAACGUGGUCUACUCGACCAACCAGGCCCAUGCGGCCAUGAUUCCACACCACCUGGUCAUACAAGCCCAACAGGCUCAACAAGCGCAACAAAUGGCACAUGCUCACGCCCAGGGCAUGUACCGGGCACCCUACGCCCAGGCACUGCCAGCAAUGCAUCAUGCGGCUGCAGGCGGCUUGAUAAUGCAGCAUCAAGGGAAUUUGAAUGCCCAUCACAUGCAGUUUAUGCAGCAGCAGCAGCAGGCUGUGAACAUGCAUGGACACAUGAACAGACCUCAGCUACCGCAGAAUAUGGUAGCCCAUUACCAGCAACACAUGGCCGCAGCUGCCAACGGACACCCGGAAAGCGGUGGAAUGCACCCUGGCAUGUACGGACAGUUCCAACAGCAAUCGAAUCCAAACGGACCAGCGGCCAACGCAAUGUCGCAUGUCUAUCAACACCCGCAGAGCAACGGAAUGGUAACUACAUCGGCCAACAUGGCAGCACAGCAGCAAGAAAAUAUCAACACUCAUCAACACCACUCAUACAACAGUGCCGUAACAUCUGGCAACAACCGCAACAUAAACGUGACGGCCGGCGUUACAGCAUCGGCAAGUGGCGCAUCGACAACUUCAGUCCACCACUCGGACGCGUCAUUGCCUAGUACUUCAGUUGCCCAGUCGGAUACCAACGCAACCAAUCCUUCUCCAGCAUCCACUCCCAGUUUGACAGCAGCAGCUCCGCCCGCCCCCAAGCCCAGAACCAAGAUUGUGAUCAAGGACGCAGAUAACAAGGAAAUAGACAUCAAAGCCAUUGCCUCGACCAAUACGGACCCGAAACCGGGAAUCGCAAUCUCAGAUGCUAAAACAGCUAGUGGAAAUGCGAGACCUCACAAAUCAGUGGAGAUUAAAUCAAAACCAUCCGAUUCCAAUACGGACAUCGUCGCCGAAAACGGAUCCACCAAAAUCACACAGAAUGGAUACUCUAGUGAUGACAAGCAACAAAGCAGCCCAUCUCUGAAUAACUCGGACGCCUCAAAUACAGACAAGGAUAGCUCACAGCAUCAUCAUGAUUUCUCUACAUUCGAUCUGGACAAGGUUCCUGAGUUCGUCCCCGAAACCAAGAAAGACUCGCCACGAUCAGACAAUAGUCAGGAAUCUGUGGGCAAGGACAAAGAUGCUGCAAAGGUAGCUGCCGCAGCUCAGAACAAUGAAGUGGCCCCGAGUCCCACUGUGAAAACAAUCACAGAAAAGGCGGGAGGUGCGGGCUCUUGCCAGACUCAAGAGGUCAAAGUUUAUGAAUUUGACAUAAGUAAAGUGUCACAGGAAGUGGUAUUGGAGACAGACAACAAAACUAUCAUACUGAAAACUUCGCCGACCUCAACACCCGCAGCGGAAGCGGAGAAGACACACGUCGAAAACUCAACGCUGGCCAGUCAAAUCACUCCUGUAGCGGCUACAGAGGACGGUAGAAGCAACACGUCGGAGUCGACAAAACAAGUGUCGACGACUGCGGAAGUGGCGACUCCUCUGUCUUCGAAGGAAACUUCCGAGGGCAAAGGUCAAAAUGUGAAGGAGAAAGAAGCAGAGAAGGAGAAAGAGGCAGAGAAGGAGAAAGAGGUGGAAAAGGAGGGAGCAAGGAAGGUUUCUACUUCUUCUAAUGCAAGUGAGAAGAAACCGCCUCCGUUUGAGAGUCAUUCGGUGGCCAAGGCUAAAGAAGCAGCCGCAUUAAAGCAAGCAGCAGCAGCAGCAGCAGUUACAUCUGAAGAAUCAGCCCAGAACGUCAAAGGAAAAGGCAACAAAAAGAAAAAGAAGGAAAAAGAAUUUGACCGAAAACAAGAAAGCAGCCUGCUAAGUGCAUUCGAGGAGAGCGACUCGAAGCAAACGCAGUCCUCCUCUGCCGCCGCUUCGUCAGCUGCCACGACUGUUGCAGUCCCCGCUGCAGAGCAGAAUGGCACACACAGCAAACCCAGCAGCCUUGCUCUAGAGGGCGGGUCGAGCAGCAGCAACAGCAACGGUCAGACGGCAGCAGGGGGUGCUGAAGGAAAUGUGAACAAAAGCAAGAGUUCGUCGUCAGUUACAUCUCCAGCGGGAAGUGGCAAUGGCAAGGAUGUGGAGACUUCGUGGGAAGACAAGCCUGUGCCAGAUGAGACACCAGAAGAGGAUAAGUCAAAGGAGCUGACAAAGACAAAGAAAUACGACAGAGACUUCCUACUCAGUAUGCAGAAAAAGAACGCCUCCUUGCGUAAAGCAGAUUUCAAAGAAGAGAACGUGUUCAAAGACAUAGUUACACACAACCCCACAUUCCUGCGACCUCUCGACCAGAAUGUGAACACUGCCAGUGACUUCAGAGAGUCGUACGGAGACAGGCAGUAUGGGGGAGGCUACGGGGGACACGGUUCGAUGGGACAUGACGGAAGAGGAGGAGGGAUGGGGCAUGACAACUUCGCACCCGCAUUCCUCAGAGGCAAAAAUGUCGGGGGUGGGCCAACCAAUUCAAGAGGCAAAAACAAUUAUCAGACCGGUAACAUGGGCGGUGGAAAUAAGAGCUUCCGAGGAGACAGAAACAACCAGAUGAAUCAACAGCCCAGAGAGUUCAAGACGAAUCUCAGAGAGCAGCAGCAGACCCUGGAAACAUCCGAGAGUGCAUGGAAAGCGAAAUGGAAGCAAGAUACGAGCAAUAAAUCGGACAUGGAGAUAAAGCACGAUCACAUCAAACGACAGACCAGAGCGAUCCUGAACAAACUGACCCCUCAGAGUUUUUCGACGCUUUCUAAAGAAAUGGCACUGCUGGAUAUUGACUCGGACGAAUUAGUCAGUGAUGUUAUCGAUAUUCUGUUUGACAAAGCGUGCAUGGAAUCCAACUUUGCGGAAGCAUAUGCAAAUAUGUGCAAAACAGUGCUCUCGAUCAGAUCAAACCAGCAGGAUGACAAAUCGAGACAAGCUGCGCAGUUGAACCAGAAUCCCGCAGAAAACCAGAGUCAUGGAGAAUCAGAAGACGAUCCAGUGGUUAGACACUUCAGAAGGUAUCUGCUGAACAGAUGCCAGAAUGAAUUCCAGAGGGAGAAAGACUAUGAAAAGGAGUAUGAUGCCAAGAAAAUUGUCAUCGAGAACAACAAAGAGCAAACCGAGAAAGAAAAGCGUGAAAAACUGGAAAACCUUGAAAUAGAGAUGCGCAAGUCCAAGAAGAAGUAUCUAGGAAACAAUCGCUUCAUCGGAGAAUUGUUCAAGCUCGACUUCUUGACCGAAAAGAUUAUGCAUUCAUGCAUUGAGUCGCUUCUGAAAACGAAGGACGAGGACCGUCUCGAGUGUCUGUGCAAAUUGCUCACAACCAUCGGACGCAAGAUGGACCACGAUGCCGGGCGAAACCUGAUGGACCAGUACUUCAAGAGAAUCGGACAUAUGGUAGCCCAAAAACAGACGUCGUCUAGAAUCAGAUUCAUGCUUCAGGAUGUCAUCGAACUUAGACAGAAUAAAUGGGAGUCCCGAAAAGACACCGCCCCCAAAACCAUCGACCAGAUCCACAAGGAUGCACAGAUGGAAGACUUUGCAAUGAAACAGAAAGCACAAGAGCUGAAGCAAUCUUCACGACAGAUGCAGGGCAACUAUAAUGACAGAAAAUACCAGAGCUCAUACUCCGGAGGUGGCAACAGGAUGAGCAAUUCCGGGCAUCAGUCACAACAGGAGUGGCAAGUACAGACUGCUAGCACGAGGCCAGUGACUGAUGUGAGAGCAAACAUCAGCAAAAUCACAAGCGUCAAGAGCAGCGGAGGACUUGGCGAUUUUAAAUUGGGAGGGGGAAUUCAAAGCAAAUGGAGCAAAGGCAGCCUUGGAGUUGGAGCUAACCGAACUAGCCAGGCUGGCCCCACGUCAAGUCAGGGCAAUUCCAAACCUACAAACAGAUACGUAGGUCUAGACAUGGACGACGAACAGGCACCAGACUCCAACAGGUCGAGCAGUGUCGAUCUGAGAAAUGGUAACCGCGGACCGACCGAACAAGAGCGACAACAGAGUAGAGAAGAUGCAAUCAGAAGUGUCCAGAGCAUUUCUGGAGCGGGAAGAAACAACGCCGGAUCCAGAAAUAUGUCGCCAGCCAAUUCAGGAGGCAGCAAGUGGAGUACAGGUGGAUCGUCGUUUAAGUUCCAGGGACAUACGGGGUCUGGGGGAAGUGGAAGUGGAAGGGACAGUCGGGACAGAUCAGACAAAGCUAGAUCCAUAUAUCCUUCUCAGCCAUUGUCUGGACCAUCAUCUUCAGGGUCAGACAAACGACAGCCGGUCAAAUCGAAGAUUGCGUCUCUGACGGAAGAGCAGCUACAGACCAAAGCGAGAGGCGUAAUCGAUGAGUACAUCGAUUUAGGAGACGCCAAUGAGGAGAUUGAAGUGGUGAACGAAGAGAUACCAGAAGACUCGCGAGCUCAGAUGGUGAAGCACUGCAUCAAUUAUGUUCUGGAGAAGAAAGACAAACACAGAGAGGGCACUGGAAAACUGCUGUUCGAGUUUGUCAAGUCUGGCACCAUCACAGUUCAAGAUUUAGCCGAAGGCAUCACAGAGUCGUUUGCAAACGCGAUCGAUCUCUCGUGUGACAUUCCUCGCAUAUGGGACUAUUAUGGAGUGCUGAUUGCCCCCUCGAUGAUUGGACAGCUGUCCUUCUCCCACAUGCCUAAGAUGCUGAGUGGACUGGUGGAAUAUGACAAGGCCAAGGAUGUUCUCGCACAAAUCACACUCAGGACAGUCGAGCAAAAGAAUGAAGAAUUCGUGAGCAAUGCGUGGAAAUUGGCGAAGUUGGAUUGGAGACAAUUUGUACCGGAUCAUGUGUCAAACGAGUCAAUCUCAGAAUUCCUCAGAGAUCGAAAUCUAGCUUUCCUAGAGUCCUCUGGCAAAUCAUCACAGUCGUCGCAAUCCAAGUCAGGAACAGGCGCUUCAGAUUACCUGACCUCAUUUGAAUCGCACCUAAUGGAUCUAACUCAGAAAGCCACUACCAAAUCGACAGUGCCUGAAAUCUUCGACAUGAUCCAGCGAGAUCUAAGAGACCACAUUGACACACCCGAGUUCAUUGCGCUCCUAACCCGAGUAGUGUGUAAAUCUUGUGUGGUGAAGGGAAAUCCAAUGACGUUUAACGAGACGCUAUUCACAGAGAGGAAAAAUAUUUUGGAGAGAUAUAUAAACAAAGAUCAGACGAAAAUGUUUCACUGUCUGUUAUCUGUACAGUUUCUGGUCACAGAUUUACAGCAUCCUCCAGGUGAACACAUUAAUGGAUCACACUCACCCACCGCUUACCGCUUUAGUCCCGCCUGUAGUAAUCAAGGCGUACUGGACUGUAUUUUCAAAUGCCUUUACGACAAUUUUAUAAUUACGAGUGAAGCCUUCCAAGAGUGGAAAAGCACCAAGGAACCAGCAUACGUGAGAGGAAAGGGCACGUGUGUUUACGAGACGAAAUCAUUUUUCGAGUACCUCGACGAGGAAAGCGACAGUGAUAACUAGGGCAGAAGAAGCUGAGACAAAAGACGGUAUGGGACGGAAAACAUAACCUCUUUACAUUUUUUGGACAACAGAACAGAGAAUUGAGAAUUUGAACAUUCAACUGACUAGACGAAGAGCCACUUGAGCACCUGCUGAUUAUAAUGGAUGACAGAUUUAAUAGUGACCUGUCUAAUUAACUUUCGAUACGCUAAUUGCUAUGCAUUUUGGUUUUGUCGUCCUCUCUUCAUUUUGAGGCUUUGUUUAAAUUUAUCCUUGUUUGUGAUGUUUUUGUUGCUGUUAUUUCCUACAGGUGGUGCUAUUGGAUUUUCAGCAGCUUAAGUGACGCUAUUACAAUACAUGCUAUGAUUUACUAUUUUAUCAUACUUAACUGAAACAUAAACUUUAACCAUACGGAUCUUAUAUCCUCAGUUAACUGCAUUUUACUUGCUAAAAGUGGCAUAUUAUGACAGAAGUUUUAAAUUUUGACAUUGUUUAUUUUUCUCAACAAAAAUCUAUUUAAUCCGAUCCUUUCAGUUAAGCCGUGUUUUAGUUUGUUGAGGAAAAACUUAAGGAUAAACGUUGCUGCUGCUUUAGAUGGCCAUUCUUAAAUGCUAAAGAAUGUCUAAUAAUUUUCGAUAAAAGGCUAUGAAUUAGCCAUCCCAUUAUCCCUGUAUUCAACCGGAGCUACCCCGAAGUCUGCUGAAAACUAACCUAACCCUAAAAACCCACCCACCGCCCGUGAACAAACAUCCACCACUGCAAAGGAUGUUGUCACUGUACAUAAGUUGUUGAUGUUGUUGCUUUCCAUCCAUAAGAGAAGUGCGAGGGCUAAAGAAAAAAGUUGUUGAUUCGAGAUAUGAAUUUAAAUAUUUAAAUUAAA